GGACGGGUGUGAGAUAGGUUGAAUUGGACAAGUUGAAGGAGGAUUUUUAAAGCUGAGAAUAUGUGUUUUGGAAGGUGUGCUAGAUGUGUUGGUUAUAAGUUGCUCAUCCUUGCCCUCCUCUGCAUUGUGGCCAACACUUUACUUUAUUUUCCCAAUGGCGAAACAAGAUUUGCUUCAGAGCAUCACCUCAGCAAAUACGUGGAGUGCCUUCACGGCAUUCUGGGUGGAGGCUUUCUGGUGCUCAUUCCAGCUGCGGUGUUCAUUGGGCUGCACAGUGACGACGGCUGCGGGUGCUUUGGCCGUGAGGGCUGCGGAAAGAGCUGCGCUGUGCUGACCUCAGUUCUGGCAGCCUUUGUUGGGAUCCUUGGCUCUGGAUACUGUAUAAUCAUUUCAGCCCUGGGUUUAUCUCAAGGACCAUACUGUUUCACCCACCUAGAGAGACACUGGAUGUAUCCCUUCACUGACUCCUCUGGAGGGUACUUGUUCGAGUAUAACAAGUGGUCUGCAUGUCAGGAACCUCAAAACAUCGUGCAGUGGAACGUCACCCUCUUUUCCAUCCUCCUUGUUUUGGGAGGAAUAGAAUUCAUUCUGUGCUUCAUACAGAUAAUCAAUGGCAUUCUUGGAGGACUGUGUGGGUUGUGCUGCAAUCAUGAGGAGACAUAUGUUUGCUAGAAACAUGACAAUGCAUUGACAUCGGUGCGUGUGUGUGCUGUAAUGAAUAUAGUGUGGACUUUCUUAAACAUUCCAUGCAUACUGAAAUACACAUUGUUGUCAAACUGUGCUGUUGCUAUGAAUUGAACUGAUGGGACCUUUGUUGAUGGAGUCAUAUGCAGAUUUUGCACUAACCUGGCUGAA